AGCCGAGCCCAAGCGCCGCGAUGCCGAUCACCUCCCGCCGGAGCUCGGGGGCCUGAGACGCGCCGGCCGAGGUGUGAUCGGACCCCAGGCUGGCCACAAAGGGCACAGCGGCUUGGCCCCAGGGCGAGGAGAGCGAGGGGAGAGCACAGCCACCCGCCUCGGCGGCCCGGGACUCGGCUCGACUCGCCGAAGAAUGCGCCGGAGGACGACGGAGCGCCGGACCCGCGGUGGUUUCAACUGGCUAGCGCUAAUGGGGGUGCGCUGGAGGAAGGCAGAGUGAUGCGGGGGGGCAGCUCGCCCGGCCCCGAGAUCGCCGCUGCGCCCUUCCCCGGACCCGGCGUCGCCCAGGAUGGCUGGCCCGAGCCAUGGGCCGCGGCGGAGCUAGCGCCGAGCGCCCGACCCUCGACCCCCGAGUCCCGGAGCCGGCCCCACGCGGGGCCACGCGUCCCGCGGGCGCUGGUGCCUAAGGACAACGACAGCACCAGCUUUUCCUUUCUCCCUUCCCUUUCUUGCCCCGCACUCCUCCCCCUGCUCGCUGUUGUUGUGUGUCAGCACUUGGCUGGAGACGUCUUGAACUUGCAGGGAGAAUAACUUACGCUCCCUACUUCGCGCCGGUGCCUCUGCCCCAGCGGACACAGCCUCACCGUCUGCGAACCCCGCCGCCCGUCCACUCCUCCGCUGGGCCCGACCCGGAGACGCCGUUCCCCGCGUGAGGACAGGGACAGCCCGGCCGGCACCCGGGAGGAGAAGGCGGCGGCGAAGGAAGGGAACCCGGUCCCUGCGCCAGGUCCUUCAGCCAGAGCUUUUUCCAUGUGGAGGCUCUUUCAAUGGACGUGUCCCCGCGUGCUUCUUAGACGGUCUGCGGUCUCCUAAAGGUCGACCAUGGUGGCCGGGACCCGCUGUCUUCUAGCGUUGCUGCUUCCCCAGGUCCUCCUGGGCGGCGCGGCCGGCCUCAUUCCCGAGCUGGGCCGGAGGAAGUUCGCGGCGUCUGCUGGCCCCUCCUCGUCCCAGCCGUCAGACGACGUUCUGAGUGAGUUCGAGUUGCGGCUGCUCAGCAUGUUCGGCCUAAAGCAGAGACCCACCCCCAGCAGGGACGCCGUAGUGCCCCCCUACAUGCUGGACCUGUACCGCCGGCACUCGGGCCAGCCGGGCGCGCUCGCCCCGGACCACCGGCUGGAGAGGGCCGCCAGCCUCGCCAACACCGUGCGCAGCUUCCACCACGAAGAAUCUUUGGAAGAACUACCAGAAGCGAGUGGAAAAACAACCCGGCGAUUCUUCUUUAAUUUGACUUCUAUCCCCACUGAAGAGUUUGUCACCUCGGCAGAACUUCAAGUCUUUCGGGAACAGAUGCAGGAAACUUUGGAAAACAAUAGCAGUUUCCAUCAUCGAAUUAAUAUUUAUGAAAUUCUGAAACCUGCGACAGCCAGCUCGAAGUUCCCGGUGACCAGACUCUUGGACACCAGGCUGGUGACCCCGAACGCCAGCAGGUGGGAGAGUUUUGACGUCACCCCCGCGGUGAUGAGGUGGACCGCGCAGGGGCUGGCCAACCACGGCUUUGUCGUGGAAGUGGCCCACCCGGAGGAGGGCCACGGGGCCUCCAGGAGGCAUGUUCGGAUUAGCAGGUCUUUGCACCCAGAUGAGCACAGCUGGUCACAGAUCAGGCCCCUGCUAGUAACUUUCGGCCACGAUGGGAAGGGACACCCCCUCCACAAGAGAGAAAAGCGCCAAGCGAAGCACAAACAGCGGAAACGCCUUAAGUCCAGCUGUAAGAGACACCCUUUGUACGUGGACUUCAGUGACGUGGGCUGGAAUGACUGGAUCGUGGCCCCCCCGGGGUAUCAUGCCUUUUACUGCCACGGAGAGUGUCCCUUUCCCCUGGCCGAUCACCUGAACUCCACUAACCAUGCCAUCGUCCAGACGUUGGUCAACUCAGUGAACUCUAAGAUUCCCAAGGCAUGCUGUGUCCCCACGGAACUCAGCGCCAUCUCCAUGCUGUACCUUGAUGAAAAUGAAAAGGUGGUAUUAAAGAACUAUCAGGACAUGGUUGUGGAGGGUUGUGGGUGUCGUUAGCGCAGCAAAAGAAAAUAAAUAUAUAUAUAUAUAUAUAUAUAUAUAUAUAUAUAUAUAUAUAUUUUAGAAAAAAGUAAAAAAAACAAAAAAAAAAAACAAAAAAAAACAAAACCAAGUUGACACUUUAAUAUUUCCCAAUGAAGACUUUAUUUAUGGAAUGGAAUGGAGAAAAAAAAAAAACACAGCUAUUUUGAAAAUAUAUUUAUAUCUACAAAAAGAAGUUGGGAAAACAAAUAUUUUAAUCAGAGAAUUAUUCCUUAAAGAUUUUUAAAAUGUAUUUAGUUGUACAUUUUAUAUGGGUUCAACCCCAGCACAUGAAGUAUAAUGGUCAGAUUUAUUUUGUAUUUAUUUACUAUUAUAACCACUUUUUAGGAAAAAUAGCUAAUUUGUAUUUAUAUGUAAUCAAAAGAAGUAUUGGGUUUGUACAUAAUUUUCCAAAAAAAUUGUAGUUUUCAGUUGUGUGUAUUUAAGAUGAAAAGUCUACAUGGAAGGUUACUCUGGCAAAGUGCUUAGCACAUUUGCUUUUUUUUUUUUUUUUUUUUUGCAGUGCUACUGUUAAGGUCACAAGUUCAAGUCCAGAAAAAAAAAAGUGGAUAAUCCACUCUGCUGACUUUCAAGAUUAUUAUAUUAUUCAAUUCUCAGGAAUGUUGCAGAGUGAUUGUCCAGUCCAUGAGAACUUACGUCCUUAUUAGGUGGAAUAUUUGGAUAAGAACCAGACAUUGCUGAUCUGAUCUAGAAACCCUUCCCCCACCCCUUAAUUUGCAGAAAGAAUAAAGCAGGACCGAUAGAAAUAAUUAGGCAAACAAUGAACCUGCAGGGAAGUGAAUGAUGGUUUGUUCUUCUUUCCUAAACUAGUGACGCCUUCAAAGGGGCUGGUCUGGCCAAAGUAUUAAAUAAAACGUAAGAUUUCAUCAUUAAUGAUAUUGUGGUCAUGUAUAUUUAAAAUUGGUAUCUAAUGGCCCUCAUGAAGAAUUGGAAAUUAAUUUCUAGUUACCUUUUGCCUCACCUGGGCGCCCUUUACGCUUAGAAAGACUCGGUUUUCUCACUUUGCCCAACACACAGCAAACCUGUGCCCAUCAGUGUUUUCCUCCCACCCCUGUCCUCUGUUGGAUCAGCUUGCUUUUCUUCCCAAGGUUGUGUGUUUGAACACAUUUCUCCAAAUGUUAAACCUAUUUCAGAUAAUAAAUAUCAAAGCUCUGGCAUCUCAUUCUAUAAAGUCCAACCUGUAAGAUAAAAUGGUGCAUUUGUACGGCGUUCACAAAGAUUACCUUGUGUUUGCGUGUUUUGCUUCUGAGGUUACUUGUUCAUGGAGAAAAGUAGGGACGAGCGAGGAAUGGUUGGAAAUUUGCAGGCAAGUCCUUGGAUCAUUCCUGGGAAUAUCAAUGGUUUAGCGUUUCACAUGAACCUCUUCAGGGCAGAAAGAUUUAAGAGAAAAACCGAAGCUCCAAAACAAGCAGAACCUGGGGAAGCCAAGAUAAAGUUUCAGAGAUGAUAUGCUGUGUAACAGGAGCGACUGUGCCAAAAAAUUAGAAAGGGAAAGUGUCUGAGAUCAGACUCUGCAAGGACAUCUGCCAACUGGACGAAAGCCCAAACAGAAUGAAGCCAAAUUAGGCCGCUCAGAAUGAACACUUCGCAGUGGCAGGGCUUCUGUGCUCAGGUUGGAAUCAGACCCAAGAAGGGGUUCGGUGGGUCUGUUUGCGUGGCCAGGGAACCCAGAAUGCUCCCCCACUAUUUUACUGGAAGUGUCUUAAGGUCAGUUCCUGGGACUUUGUGUCACCUCUGAUCCUUCUGUGAUUGGUGAGGCCUUGUUCUAACUUCCUUUCCUAGCACUGCUUUAGAAUUACCU